AUGUUAGGUCCAAACUACAAGGGACGCACCCCUGGCCCGGUGCCCAGCACAAACCUCCAGGCCGACGACAAGGAAGACUUCAGGGAGUUUGAGCCGUUCAGCGAUGCCGACGUGACGCCCAGAUCCGUUCCCCCCGGCGCCGACGUUCUCACCGUGGUGGACGUCAACAUGCGGAAGCAGUUCAACGAGCAAAACCACCACACGGCGGAGUACGUGGCCAAGGCCAUGGUGGUCCGCCGCGGACAGCAGUUCAUCAUCGACGUCAUCUUCAGCCGGGAAAUCCUGCCGCAGGACGACUUCCAGCUGGAGUUCCUGAUCGGUGCCAACCCGUCCCCCAGCAAGCGCUCCCUGGUGGUCGUGACCUUCGGGAACCGUGCCGGCGGCUCGUGGUUGGGGCAGGUUUUGGGCCAAGACGGUGCUGUGGUGUCUCUGGGCGUCACGCCGGACGCCAAGGCCAUCGUGGGCUUGUACCGCACCUACGUGGCCAUUUCCAUGGGCAACGGCAUGCAGCGGACCGACAAGAACGCCAAGACCAACCUGUACCUGCUCUGCAACCCCUGGUGUCCAGAUGACGUGGUGUUUUAUCCCGAUGAAGCCGGGCGCUGGGAGUACGUGAUGAAUUCGACUGGAAUAAUCCACCAGGGCUCGGUGGGGUCGGUGUCGGAGCGGAACUGGGUGUACGGACAGUUCGGAAAAGGCAUCCUGGACGCUUGCAUCUUCAUCAUGGACUCUUGUCAGAUGCCGAUCCACAACCGCGGCGACGUCGUCAAGAUCUGCAGGAAAGCUUCUGCCAUGAUCAACUCCCAGAACGACAACGGCGUGUUGGUGGGGAACUGGAGCGAGAACUUCUCGUUGGGAACGCGGCCGACGGCCUGGACGGGCAGCUCCAAGAUCCUGCUGAAGUACCACAACUCUGGAAACCCCGUCAUGUACGCCCAGUGCUGGGUGUACGCCGGAGUCCUCUGCACCUUCCUGCGCUGCCUCGGCAUCCCCUGCAGAGUCAUCACCAACUUCAACUCGGCCCACGACAACACGGGCAACCUGAAGACGGAGCUGGUGUUCAGGAGGGACGGGACCCCGGACCGGAGGAACACCCGGGACUCCAUCUGGAACUACCACUGCUGGUGCGAGGCCUUCAUGCAGCGCCACGACAUCCCGACCCGGUACUCCGGCUGGCAGGUGGUGGACGCCACGCCGCAGGAGACCAGCGACGGAUACUUCCGCUGCGGACCGGCGCCCGUCAUCGCCAUCAAGAACGGAGAGCUGUGCCAUCCCUUCGACUGCGGGUUUGUCUUCGCUGAGGUCAACAGUGACGUGGUCUACCUGAAGAGCGACCGCUACGGCACCAUGACCCCCUUCAAGGUGGACACCACCUACGUGGGAGCCCUGCUGUGCACCAAGUCUGUGGGAAGCUGGGGUUUGCAGGAGGUGACGCAGAACUACAAGUACCCUGAAGGCAGCGCGGAGAACGAGAGGACGAUGGUGACGGCGGAGGAGUACGGCUGUGAGAGGGACCACUCGGUGGUCCCGGAGACCAGCCUGUCGGUGGAGAUCCUGACCCAGCCGACCUCCCUGGGCAGCGUGGUGAAGGUGCAGGUGCGGUUCAACAACCAGAGCGACUCCAGCAGGACCGUGGCGGCGCACUUCGAGGUGUCGGUGGCCUUCUACACCGGAGUGCUGUCGGACGAGUUCAGGGUGGAAGAAUUCACGCUGGACCUGCCGGCCUACCAGAGCAACACGGCGGAGUUCCACAUCUCCCCGGAGGAGUACAUGCCGGCGCUGGGCUCCCAGCUCUGCCUGCACUUCGAGGUGAACGGCGAGAGCGACGGCCAGAAGGUGUCGGAGGUCAAGGUGCUGUGGCUGGUGCCGCCCCCCCUCACCAUCACGUUCGAAGGCGUCCCGCGGGUGAACCACACCAUGUACGCCACCGUCCAAUUCAAGAACCCGUUCAACAUGACGCUCCUGCAGGCCAGUCUGGUGAUGGAGGGAGCCGCCCUGGUGGAGACCACCGUCUUCCACUACAAGACCAUCGGCCCGUACGCUGAGAUCACCGAGACGAUUCCCCUCGUACCUCAGAAGCCGGGCAACCAAACCCUGGUGGCGCUGCUGGACUGUGAGAACCUGAACCAGGUAACCGCGGUGGAGAAACGCGCCGAGUUCCACGUCAUGCCCUGA